UUAUUUUAUUGAAUUUAAAAGAAAACACUGUUAUUGAUUAAUACUUUAUUGAAUGAACUAUUCUUAAGCAUUAAAAUAGUGGAAAUAUAAAAUUUUCUUUAACGGUACAAUUUUUCAACUGAGAUUUUAACGCUUUUUUGAAAGGCUUAGAAGUUUCAUCGCAUUUUUGUUUAAUAAAGUUACAGAUGAAUUGUCCUAAUUGCAAAAAAGUCGUUUAUUUUGCUGAAAAAGUUUCAUCGCUAGGAAAACAUUGGCAUCGCGGGUGUUUAAAAUGUAAAAAAUGUAACAAAACUCUUGCACCAGGAGGCCACGCAGAGCAUGGCGGCGUGCCAUACUGUCAUAUACCAUGCUACAGUGCAUUAUUUGGACCAGGUGGUUUCGGUCACGGUGGAGCAGAAUCUCACAAUUAUAAUGAGGAGAGAGAUCCUUCUACUAUACUAAAGUGAUUAUAUUAGGCUUUAAUUGCAUUUAUAUGUGUAAAUUAUAUUAAGUAUUACGUGAUACACUUACAAAUAUUUUAUAACAUAUAAA